UCAAAUUUUGGACAUUAUCCAUUACAUUAGUACAUAACAUUUGAGUUGAAAUUCUUGAGAUAAAAAUGUAGUGGACUGGUUGUGGGGAGCAAAAGAUGGGAGAGGAUGAAAUGAAACACUCUGGUCCUUGGUUGUGGAAAGUUUGAAGAAGAAGAUAAUUGUUGAGUUUGUUUGGGGUUUGAGAGAUUGAUGAUGAUAUCAGGAGGAGGAGGAAAAUCAUCGUGGAGUUCUUCAACAUCGUCAUGGGUACCCACAACCUCCGUGUCGGCUUCAGGAAAGAGGAUUCAGAGGGAAAUGGUGGAACUCAACAACGACCCUCCUCCCGAUUGCUCCGCUGGCCCUAAGGGCGAUAACCUAUAUCACUGGAUUGCCACUAUUAUUGGAACCCCAGGAACACCCUACCAAGGUGGAAUCUUUUUCCUUGACAUCAAAUUUCCCAGUGAUUAUCCCUUCAAGCCUCCCCAGGUGGUAUUCAAAACACGCAUUUACCACUGCAAUGUAGACCCUGACGGCCUUGUAAGUAUGGGAAUAUUGAAGGAUGAUUGGAGUCCAGCACUAACAAUUACUAAGGUGCUACUUGCAGUUAGAUCAAUUUUCACAAAUCCUGAUCAUUAUAAUGCUGUUGUCCCUGGCAUUGCUCACUUGUAUUCAGGAGACAGAGCAAAACAUGAUGGUAUUGCUGCAGAGUGGACUGUUCGAUUUGCCAAGUGAAUGUGGUACAACUGUCCUUUUAUUAACUUAAAUCUUAUACAGUGUUCCAGUGUUUAUGUAAAUGAGAAUGAUAGUUAAUAAUUCAAUAAUAACUCAUCCUUGCUCGUUGUUCUAGAGAGUGACUUAGUUGAUUCUUCAUAGUUGUAACUGGAUAAUGGUUAUUUAUCAUCACAUGCUUUUAAUUGUUUUCUCA